UACCUUAAACUCGAAGUUUCAACGUAGAAUCAUCGGCAACGCGCUUUCUCACCUCACCGUCUCUCUUCUGGAAUAACGUGCCGUUUAUAACGUCCCUUUUAAGUAUUUAUAUAUAUUAUACAUUCCUAGCUAGUAAAUUUCAAAUAUUAGAACUGCUAAUUUGUGGUAAUGGCAGAAACAAACCCCAAAUCCCAACCAGAAGUUAUGGAUGAGACCGAAGAGCAGAGGAUGAAGCGUUUGGAAUUCGUGCAAGUUGCGGCGUUCCAUGCGGUGAUUUUUGCUGCGAAAAUCUACAAUUACGCCAAGGACAAAUCAGGGCCUCUGAAGCCCGGAAUUCAGACCGUCGAGGGCACCGUCAAGACCUUCGUGGGACCCGUCUAUGACAAAUACCACGGCGUUCCCGUCGAAUUUCUCAAAUUUGUCGAUCGCAAGGUAGAUGAGUCGAUGAACAAGGUCCAGAGUCAUGUCCCUGCAGUUCUAAGGCAGGUGUCUACCCAAGGCUUCUCGACUGCUCAGAAGGCUCCAGUUGCGGCUCGCUCAGUUAUGACAGAAGUCAAAACUGCCGGAGUUGUUGAAACUGCCUCAGGUCUUGCGAAAACCCUUUACACCAAAUAUGAACCCGCUGCCAAGGAUCUUUAUUCCAAGUACGAACCAGUAGCUGAACAUUUAGCAGUUUCAACCUGGUGCUCUCUCAAUCGGCUCCCGCUCUUCCCUCAGGUGGCCAAAGUAGUCGUUCCAACAGCCAGUUAUUAUACUGAGAAGUACAACCAGUCUGUUCAACUUUCAGCUGAGAAAGGGUACAAGGUUGCAUUAUAUCUUCCGUUGGUCCCAACAGAGAAGAUCGUGAAGGCAUUUAGCGUUGAUAAAACCGAGCCUGUGGUUUUGACCGGAGGAGCUGUUGAAGCAAAUUGAUGCGGUUUCCAUUUGUUGCUAUUAGCACGGUAACAUGGUGAUAUAUUUUCAUAAGAAUGUUGUGGAUGAUGGAGAAACAAGGAAAUGUUAUGAAAUACUUUGUUUUGUUGCAUGUACGAUAGGUUCCUGGUAUGAAUGAAUAUUCGUUUUGAUUGUUGUUGUCUA